AUGUCUUCGUCCAUUAGCACCUCUAUCACGGGCGGUCUACCCACCGUCUCUCAGGACGUCGCACCAUCCGCCAUUUUCCUUGUCUUGUACUCUGUGACCAACGCUAUCUGCACAUGGCGUCUGAUCACACAAUAUCGCAAACCCCCGCGAAUAAUGUUUUCCUUCCUCCUCAUACAAGUCUUCCAAACGGUCCGCAUCGUCACAAUGAUACUUCGUGUCAUCGGAGCAAUCAACUACACAAACACCGUAAAAGGCACGGCUUCGUUCAACCUAGGCCUAAUCAUAGCUGAGCAGGUAUUGCUCAGCCUUGGCUAUCUCAUGAUAGCGUCGACCUUGGUCAACCUCACUGCGCUCCACGAAUCGCGAGGGAUUGACGGAGUCACUGUCCAAUCUAAGCGGAGAAGGAGAAUAGUCACAGGUCUUUUUGAACUUGCGAUUUUGGUGGCGAGUGUGUUUGCUAUCCUAGCUGGCACGGAAUUUGGCAACAGUUUGACCGACGCAAACGCUGCAAACACUGUGCGCAAUUAUAGGGAAAUCUCAGCGAUCAUCAUUCUCGUUGUGUUAGUCGUUCUCAUCGGCUAUAACGCACUCCUAUCCACACGACCAGACCUACCUAAAAGAACAUCGAUCUGGCUCAUCAUAACUUCCGCCCUCCUCAUUGUGGUGCCAGCCUACCGUCUUGCACAGAUGGUGAACCCUCCAUCCGACUCCGACACUUCCGCACAGAAAGCGGCGUUUUUCAUUCUUCAAAUCGCGGUGGAAUGGCUGACGGGUGCUUCCCUCCUGGCCGUCAAUGCGAAGGAGUGGUGCGGGGUUGACGACUACAACGGACUCAAGACUUCUGCCAGUGAACAGUUCAUGAUGGGGGAGCAGGUAUCCAAGGCUUGA